CUCUCUCUAAAGGCGAUGGCGGCGGCGGCGGCGGCGGCGACCUCGGCGGCGGCGGCGGGGGCGAUCGGCGGGGGGAAGGACCGGAAGGAGGUGGUCCCUGUGUUCCAGGGGCUCAGGCGCCAUGGAUCGAUGCCUCUUUCAACGAGAUCGCCGCACCUUUUGCCCCUCUCGACCUCCUCGAGCUCGUCCUCUUCCUCCGUCAUUAGCGCCGUUUCCACGCCUGUAAAGCCAGACACUUCAGAAACCAAACGUAGCAAGGUUGAAAUAUUUAAGGAGCAAAGCAACUAUCUUAGGUUUCCUUUAAAUGAGGAGUUGCUCACUGAGGCUGCGAACAUAAAUGAGGCUGCCACGCAACUUAUCAAGUUCCAUGGGAGUUAUCAACAGACUAACAGAGAUGAACGUGGAGUAAAAUCUUACCAAUUCAUGCUCCGAACAAAGAACCCAUGUGGGAAAGUCCCGAAUAGGCUCUACCUAGUUAUGGAUGAUCUUGCAGAUGAGUUUGGUAUCGGAACCCUUCGUUUGACCACUAGACAGACAUUUCAACUUCAUGGCAUCCUAAAGAAAAACCUCAAGACUGUGAUGAGUACUAUCAUCAGAAACAUGGGCUCGACUCUUGGUGCAUGCGGAGACCUUAAUAGGAACGUGCUGGCUCCUGCUGCACCGUACACCAAAAAGGAGUAUGUUUUUGCUCAGGAGACUGCUGAAAAUAUCGCGUCACUUCUGACCCCACAGUCUGGUGCAUAUUAUGAUCUGUGGGUAGAUGGGGAGAAAAUUAUGUCAGCGGAGCCUCCAGAAGUAACCAAAGCUCGGAAUGAUAAUUCUCAUGGCACGAACUUUCCAGAUUCUCCUGAGCCCAUUUAUGGAACCCAAUUUUUGCCUCGCAAGUUCAAGAUUGCAGUGACUGUUCCUACUGACAACUCAGUGGACAUCCUGACAAAUGAUAUUGGUGUUGUUGUAGUUUCUGAUGCUGAUGGAGAACCUCAAGGCUUCAACAUCUAUGUCGGAGGUGGCAUGGGAAGGACGCAUAGGGUGGAGACUACUUUUCCGCGUUUGGGUGAACCUCUGGGUUAUGUUCCAAAAGAAGAUAUACUGUAUGCAAUAAAGGCAAUUGUUGUUACACAAAGAGAAAAUGGAAGGAGGGAUGACCGAAAGUAUAGCCGAAUGAAGUACUUGAUCAGUCAAUGGGGGAUUGAAAAAUUCCGCACAGUUGUGGAGCAGUAUUAUGGAAAGAAGUUUGAGCCCUUCAGAGAGUUACCGGAGUGGGAAUUUAAGAGUUACCUCGGAUGGCAUGAGCAGGGUGAUGGUUUAAUGUUCUGUGGGUUGCACGUUGAUAAUGGUCGGAUUGGAGGGAAAAUGAAGAAAACUUUAAGAGAGAUUAUUGAAAAGUAUAAUCUGAAUGUGUGCAUUACCCCUAAUCAGAAUCUAAUCUUGUGUGACAUCCGCCGCUCAUGGAAGCGGCCCAUAACUACAGCUCUUGCUCAGGCCGGUUUGCUGCAACCUAGGUACGUUGAUCCUCUUAAUAUCACUGCUAUGGCUUGUCCUGCUUUACCACUGUGCCCACUAGCGAUAACAGAAGCAGAAAGAGGGAUACCCGAUAUUCUGAAGAGAGUUCGAGCUGUUUUUGAUAAGGUGGGUCUCAAAUACAACGAAUCGGUUGUGAUAAGGGUGACAGGCUGCCCUAAUGGCUGUGCGAGACCAUACAUGGCAGAACUAGGAAUGGUCGGGGAUGGUCCCAAUAGUUACCAGAUCUGGCUCGGGGGAGCGCCAAACCAAACUACACUUGCCGAGUGCUUUAUGAAUAAGGUGAAAGUGCAAGACCUAGAGAAGGUUCUGGAACCUCUAUUCUACCAUUGGAAAAGAAAACGCCAGCAGGGUGAAUCAUUUGGCAGCUUCACUACUCGUAUGGGCUUUGAUAAGCUGCAAGAGAUGGUGGACAAGUGGGAGGGUCCUUUGGAAUCAGGAUCGCGAUUCAAUCUCAAGCUCUUCACGGAUCGGCAAACUUACGAAGCCAUGGCCGAGCUCGCACGGCUCGAGAACAAGACUGCUCACCAGUUGGCCAUGGAGGUCAUCCGCAACUACGUCGCCUCCCAGGAAAACGGCAAGGCUGAAUGAUCCGUAACUUCGCUUGCGGCCUUCUGAAAGACACAGAGGCUGAGUUCUCAUCAUCCGCCGGUGCUUUCUGUUAGCUACUGUUAACAAUUCGAGCGAAAAGAGUCUACUUUUUUGUAUAUCUGAUAUAACCAGCAGGCGAGUUUCUAUGUUUGCUAAGAUUAGCUGUGAUUUAAGAACAUGCUUUUGUUGCAUGCGGUGGUUUCGCUGUAGGCUGGGCAGUUAUGGAUUGCAAACUAUGUAAGCUGUGUUUUUUCCCUCCAGUAAUCAGUAUUCCUGAGCUUUACAAUUUUGAAAUUAUCA